CUUUCUUUUCUUAACUAGCAAAUGCUUUGAGCGGUUCCUUGAAAAUGUCAAAAAUAAACUUUUCUAUAAAUAACUCUACCACUAGUUUUUUCGCUACACUUCAUCAUCAAUAUCAUCAACAAAACCUAAGUUAAUUCUGUUCCACACAAGCUUUUCAAAUCAUACAUUCAUAUUCAUCGCAAAAAUGUUGAAUGAAGGGAAUGAAAAUGUUUUAAAGGUGAAAUCUAGCUUAACAAACUCAUCAUUGUAUAUAGUAGUUUUUUUUUCUUUUUUUUUUCUGCACAUAAUCCAAUAAAAUUUCCAUCAAUGAGCUCACAUAAUUCUUACAACAUGAGAUCCAAAGGAUCCAUUGAAAAUGAAAACAAAGGCACUGUGAAAGAUAAAGAUGAUGGGGGAGGAAGUGGAAGCAAACCAGGGAAGAUGGUGUCUCCAAACAACAAAGAAUUUAUGUUCAUAUGUUUUCUUGUGUCUCUUUGGUACUCAUCAAACAUUGGUGUCAUUCUUCUCAACAAAUACCUUCUCUCAAAUUAUGGUUUCAAGUUUCCAAUCUUCCUUACAAUGUGUCACAUGUCAGCUUGUGCUAUUUUUAGCUACAUCUCCAUUGUGUUCUUCAAGGUUGUUCCUCAACAGAUGAUUAAAUCAAGGUCACAGUUCUUGAAGAUUGCAACUUUGAGCAUUGUUUUUUGUGCGUCGGUGGUUGGUGGCAACAUUUCUCUGAGGUAUUUGGCUGUUUCUUUUAACCAAGCGGUGGGUGCAACCACACCUUUCUUCACGGCUGUUUUUGCUUAUUUGGCUACCUUUAAGAGAGAAGCUUGGAUUACAUAUGCUGCUCUUGUUCCUGUUGUUGCUGGUGUUGUCAUUGCAAGUGGGGGCGAGCCAGGGUUUCACGUAUUCGGAUUUGUUAUGUGCCUAAGCGCAACCGCUGCAAGAGCUUUCAAAUCUGUUCUUCAGGGCAUUUUACUUUCUUCUGAAGGGGAGAAGUUGAACUCGAUGAAUUUGCUCCUGUAUAUGUCUCCGAUCGCAGUCGUACUUUUGUUGCCUGCAGCGCUUAUCAUGGAGCCAAAUGUUAUAGAUGUCACCUUAACACUUGGAAAGGAACAUAAAUUUAUGGGUGUGCUUCUUCUUCUUAACUCCGCCACAGCAUAUGCAGCAAACUUAACAAACUUCCUGGUGACAAAACAUACAAGUGCUUUGACACUCCAGGUAUUAGGCAAUGCAAAAGGCGCUGUAGCUGUUGUUAUCUCAAUACUGAUAUUCAGAAACCCUGUCACUGUUAUUGGCAUGGGUGGCUAUGCAGUUACUGUAAUGGGAGUUGUUGCAUAUGGAGAAACAAAAAGGAGGUUUAGAUGAACAGUUCCCUCCCAUUCACUGAUUGUCAUAUUCAUGUAUUUUAUUGUAGUUUAUUUACAUCAUUAAGAUUAUUUGUAACGUGACUAGGAGUAGGGGCGACGACGCGGGGGACGUGACGUGAUUUUAUAAUGUUAUUCUGUUGUAUCUAGCACAUAAAUAUUUAUAUAUCAUUAGUACAUUGUUAUGAUCUAA